AUGAAGCGCCGCCGGGAGAAAGGGAAAGGCAAGGAGAAGGAGAAGGAUGAGGAGGACGGGAAGAAGCAGCAGAAGGAAGAUGGCGUGGAGGACGAGGAGGACGAAAAAAAGAAGAAGGCCGAGAAGGAAAAGGAUGACAAGAUCCAGGCUAUCAAAGCUCGUGAAGGCGACGGGACGCCUGAGGAUGAGACGCCUCGGAUCUAUGAGCUUCACAGGAACUUCUACAACAUGCGGCUGGAGCGGCUCCGAAACAUGGAACUGGCCAAGCGCAACCGCGAGCGGAUGAAGGACGCGGCGUUCUUCCCGUCGGCGCCCAAGGGCGACCCAUAG